UCGUGACUCAAAAAAUAGAAGCGAGGCGGCCAUUUGCGAUGCACGGCCAUUGUGUGUGUGGGGUUUGAAAAGAAGAAACGGUGUGUGGUUGUGGUUCGCACUUUGGACCAAGUUUUAGUUAAAAAUUUCGGUGAUGACUGUUUUUUUAUGAUUUUCCACGCGCCGUGAAGCAUCGUGCUUGCCGAGCCACUGAAGAGAAAGAAGCAAUCCAAGAUGAACGAGACAAAUGGGCGACAGCAGCUGUGCCUCAAGUGGAACAACCACUACCACGCAAUCCAGUACAACUUUGAGACUCUCUUGCAGUCGGAAGACUUCGCCGACGUCACCCUCACCACCGAAGGCCAACGCAUCAGAGCACACAAAAUCGUGCUCAGUUCCUGUAGUCCCCUUUUUCAGAGCUUGCUGAAGCACACAGAAAAAGACACAAUCAUCAUUCUGCCAUCAAUCAGCUAUGCGGAGCUCAAAGCCAUCAUCGUGUAUAUGUACCGCGGCGAGGUUAACAUCGCGCAAGACGACCUCCCAUCGCUGCUAAAGGCGGCCGAGAACCUGCAGGUGCGCGGCCUGUCAGACCCAGCGACAGAAAAGAGCAAGAGCGCGCCCGCGUCGUCAGCGGGGGGCGCUUCUGACGCCCCGCUGCUCGCCUCGCCCUCCUCUAGUCCGGCCAAGCGGGAGCUGUGCACCCGUGAACCGAGUCCCGUCGCCAGCAAACGCAAGAAGAAGACGAGCAGGGCCGCCUCGGUGGACAGUGCCAACGACAGCGCCGACAGCUCGGUAGCCGAGUCGCCAGACCCGCCAGCCAAGAAGGAUGGAGACGAUGACGAGGCCGCUGCCAACAACUCUGCCGAGGACAAACGCUCGGAACUCGGUCUCAUGAUGGAGCCCAUGGCGGAGGAGUAUGACGAUGAUGUAUCAGGUGACGAGAUGAUCGAGGAGGCCGACGAGGCUGACGUCAAGCCGGGACCCUCGCACAGAGGCCUUUCUCAUAGUUUUCCUGGUUGGGCGUCGGCGAGCAGCAGAGGCUCGAUACCAGACGUCAGCAUCUCGGCUGUGGGAAGCAACUUGGACUCAAGCGCCGCGUCAGCCGACGGCAGAGGCGGCGGCGGUGCCGCGGUCGACCUCUAUUCCAAGAUCCUGUCCGUGUGGGCGCCGUCGGGCGGCGGCUCGGGGGCGCCGCCGGCGGGCGUGGCGGCGGCCGGCUCUGCACGCCGCGCCUCAGACUCGUCGCCGACGGCCAGCAGCUCGCCCCUGCUGGUGGAGAAGGGCGGCGCGUACGCGUGCCCGCGCUGCGGCAACUCGUACGCGCGGCCGCACAGCCUCAACCGCCACCUGCGCUUCGAGUGCGGCGUCGAGCCCCAGUUUGAGUGUCCCAUUUGCCACAAGAAGUCCAAGCACAAGCACAACCUCAUGCUGCACAUGAGGACCCAUCUCAAGUGAUAAACAGCCCCUGCGCCUUUCCCCCGACCGACUUGUCCCCGCACGCAGCUGCGCGUCCAGUGGCUUUUCCAUUGCGAUUCGUCGCCAAAUCUUUAGGAGAAAUGGCGAACGCCUGCUCUAUUUUCUUAGAUAAUGGAGUGUCUAGCAACCCUCUUGGUCGGCUCAAACUGAUUUUUGCCUUGAAAACGAAUUUAAUCCCCUUUUUUCGUCUAAAAAAAAUUGAAUGAUUUAUACGUCAGAGCUGAAGCUCCAAGCACCGAUUUUCUUAUAGAAUGGCGUGUUCUUGUUCAAAAUUUGUUAGUUACGUUUGUUAUACUGAAAAGAUUUUCGUUUUUUUACUAUGUUAUUAAAUUCAUUGACUAGUUAAUUUGAUAAAGAAGGACCUUGAUCCUCUUGUAAACGAGUUGCUUGGAGCGAGUAGUUAACAUUUCUAUCUUUUUGACACUAACGGCGACUCAGAGUAAUUGUAUUCCUUUCUAUUAUUUUAUGGAUUUUAAAAUUCACUGUUGCAAUGUGUUCGCCAUUUCUCCCUGCAGGCUUUAAUAGUGAACUUCAGGGCUAAUCAUGUAUGUAAAUUGCGAUAAAAGCCCUGUUACCGACAAAAAACGCAGAACCCAGCCACCCACACGACACAUACAAUGAAUACGAAAUUGUUUCUACACGAUAGGGACAAACGACAAAUUCAAAAGUCUUGAUUUCCUUGCGUUGAAACUGGUUUUGAAACACUGUGAUUGAGUACUAUACGAGAGAGAACUUUUUGAAAUAGCAGACGAGUGAUUCCAAUUAACGUUUAAACAAACACAUUUAACGAGUUUCAAGAAGUGAAAAAGCGAUUCAUAUUGUAUGAUUAUUAUAUAUACCUCAAUACCAAAAUGAUGCGAAAACGAAAGAAACAAACACUCAGUAUACGUUUUUUAUACCAUGGCUGUUCUAUCAAAUAGGAUCGGCCGAUCGACACACUAUUGAAUGCAAAUCACAAAUAAUUGAAACAAACAGGCUCUAAGCGGAAAAAAACUAUGUAUAUUUAACAGACGUACAUACAUUUUUAUAGUUUUUUAUCGAUAGGCAGACCAAUGAUUGACUCACAAUACCGUAUUGACAUUUUUACAUUUUGUUUUGCGUCGCGGAUUUGGCGCUCUCGAAUCAGCCGAGUCAGCAGAUAUCGGCUCUUGACAGCCGCCAACGCCGCGGGAAACUUUUCAAAACGGGAUAUUUUACAGGAAGCAGAAAACGAACACACAAACUAAACAAAAAACACAGUACCUCAAACAAAUCAGGUGGAGCCAUAAUUUUUUAACGUGAAAUCUACAUAUUAGUGAACAAUUGAUAAAUUGACAUAGAGUAACAAUAAUCAAUACAAACAAUUUUUUACAGCAGCAGUGAUACCUCCAAAUACCUCCGAGUAAUAAUUUUUAAUUAGUUGGUUAAUCAUCUAAUCAUCAGUAUUAUUUGUACACUCUUAUUGAUAAUCAUUUGACGGUUUUUACUUUGAAAGGGUUAAAAACAGAGUUGGAGCUUAAACUUUGCAGUGAUUAGCUUGAACUCUUCAAAUUUUAGCGACAAGUGAUUGUGCAAAAACCUGUUACCACACUUUUGUCUAAUUUCGCCGAAUUCGAGACUAAAGGCGCCGCUUCUAAUUUGAUAAAUAUCCGUUCCUACGCCAUUCAUUGACAAGUCUUUAAAAUUAGUGAAUUCAUUACUUGCGUAAUUACAUUGUAUUCGUAAUUUUAAGUGACGAUGGAUUCUCUUUUGACGAGCGCGUUCUUCUUUGAGUCAUGAAUCACCAAAGGACAAUUACUUUAAUAUCUUAAUAUCUUAAAAAGAUUUUACAUGGGUGGAAAAAUACGAUUUUACCGACGAACUUCCACGCAUAUCAGAAUUUUAAAGAACCAUUUGGAAUUUGAUCUCGGCUUUGUUUCAAAUUCUGCCCAAUUGAUCUCGCCAUUCGAUCUAAUCAGCAACUUUUGCAGGAACCAAAGAGAAUCCAUAGAAAUAUAUUGUAACUGAAAAUUAUUAGAAGGAUGCGAAUGAAUUUGAAGCGACAAAAUGUUACAUAUAUAUAAAAACCUUGAAACACACAAUUAACUCCUUGUGAUAUGUAAAUAUUGAGACACACAAAUCACACAUACACACGCAUUAAUACACACUUAGAUUGAACACUCGACACACACACGGACACACACAUUGUGUAUCAGUUUAUGAAUUAGUGAGAAAGUGCGGAUUAGCGACAAAGGAUAAAUAACUAAUAUUGCAAAUAAUAUUUAGCGCGCGGAACGAGGUUUGAGUUGUUUUCCACCUUUUAUAGUGAGAAAGAAGAUGUCGACGAAAUUUUAUCCGGCGGGGUCCGUGGAAUGGAGAAAACGCGAAAAUCGGGCAGCUGGAUUGCCGAGAUCGGAUCUUAAAACAAUAUUUCUAUUUUUAGCGAGUUUUGCCAAGCGAAUUAUACACACAAAGAAAAUAUUGCGGACCCUGACCGAAGAAAAAAGCGGCGAAAAAAUGUAUCGUUGUAGAGAGUGACCUUACGAGUAAUUAUAUAUAAAAGAAUCUUGUGUACACGAGAGGUUUUAAUUUGUAAGGGGAAUGAUCUAUCGUGAAUAUUACGUCUGGAACAAAAAUUUUAAGGGACUGACAAAGUGAGAUUAUCAAACGGAUAUCGGUGGGAUACCAUUUUCGGAGGAGUGAAAAAAGCGAAAUAAGCAAGUCGGCAAAUAAUCAUUUUUCUGUUUGCUUUGAAACGUUAUUACAUAUUUGUUUUAUUGUGAUUUUCUAAUUGAACAUCAGUGAUUUAAACCCUAUUUACACGUAUAUCUAGUUAAUUGGAUUUUGCAACUGAACUGACUUUUAUUAAAAUAAAAACAACUGCAUUAGGCUGCCAAUUCGAAUGUUUUGAUUCGCUGUGACUGAGGUUUGCUCUUUUCCUCGCAGCACGUACACUGAAACUUGCAAACAAUCUGAAGCGGGCAUUUGGAAUGAAUUGAUUUCGGGUGAUUUGAGCAAACCUCCAUACUUAUAACUUUAUUUGAACUGGUAUUCCUAUUGUAAACGGUAGUGAUAUAUAUUGAAUAAUAUAUUAUCUAUAUAAUUGAUAGGUGAAAAUCAUCCCUUUUUAUUGUAUUAUUUUGCUGUGCAGAAUAAAAACAACUGCUAAAAAGUUUCUUGUGAAAAGAGAAGAAUCAUGUGUGUAAAAAGAGAGAAGGAUGUAAUCGGAGAACAGCAGUGACUGAUGUAAUGAGAGAUGAAAUUUGUAAGCUAUAAGGACGACGAUUUGCCAAAUCAAAAAUCGCGGAAGAAAGAUAGUGGCUCGUGACGAUUCGCAGAAUCAAUUUGCUGGCGUAAUAACUCGAUAAUCAGACAAAAGCGAUUUUCUAUUUAAGGGUUAGGCGUCAUAUGAACUCUGUAGUGACACAAACACGCGCGCGCGCGAGACAUAAUAAAAGAACCUUUUAGUGCAUAUCAUUGAUGGAGAGGCGACGACGACGAGAACAGAGUUAUUUUGAUGAUGAUCAGCAUUAUGUGAUAGUUGAACUUGAGAAGCCAUAUUAUUGUAUAAACUCAAAACAGGAAAAUCGAAAACAACGCGAUAUUUCAGACAAAAUAAAGUGAUGACAAAAGAA